AUGGAAUUUAUAUGGAUUUUAAUAGAAUUGAUAAUAAUUCUAUGGGAUCUCAUGAUUCAGAUCUAAUUAUACAACGAAAUAUUAAUGAUUUAUUAUAUCAAACUUCAUUAAUUGAAUCAUUAAUUUUAUAUAUUCAAUUAGAACAAUUCCAAAAUCCAGAAUACUUAUCCACUAACUUACCAUUUAUUUUAGAUACUAUAUUAAUUAAAUUUAGAAAUAUUAAUCACAAUCAUAUAAUUGAUUCUAAUUGGAAUAAAGUCUUGGGACAAUUCCGAGGUUUAAUUGAUUAUAUUGUUAAGGAAUCAGGGUCUAAUUGUAAUGAAAUCUUAUUGAAUUAUAUCUAUACUCGAUUCAAUGAAAUGGGUACCAGUGGUGGUGGAGAUGAAACGCUUCAGAAUCACACUUCAAGUAAUAAUGAAAAGUCUACUAAGGGACUGGGACUCUUCAAUUUAAGAUCUAAAACUGAUAGAAGUGGAGGUAAAUCAUCCACUAAAGUUGAACCAUACACGAACCCUUAUCAAGCGUAUAUUCUAUUACACAUUAUGGAAUUACUCUUACCGUUUGGAAUUAGUACUAAACAAGAAAUUAAAGUUAAAACCAAACAAGAAGAAGAACAAGAACAAGAACAAGAAGAAGAAGUUCCCGAAGAUCAGGAAUUCGAAGAGAGUUCUCAAUUACAGAGUUCAGUCAUUAGAGAUAUCUUAUUUAAACUAAUCAUUAAUGACAAUAGUUAUAUUCGAUCCUUUGCGUUAAAGACCCUUUUGGUAUAUGUGAAGCAUAAUGAGUUUGAGAUUAAUCAUAUCAUCUUACAACUCUUUAAGUCAGUAGAAGUAGAACAGAAGUCCCAGACUCCACAACAAGUUAAACUUGUUAGUUAUUCAUUAGUACUACUGAGUAUAAUCAAACAAACCGAUUGGAAACUCUUACAGAACUCGACAUUGGUCAAGAUCCUUAGUUUCUGUACUCAGAACUUGAAGCAAAGUACGAGUAGUUCAUUAAUUAGUGGCUCAUGUUGGAUUAUCUUAAGUUCCUUAGUAACUUUUUAUAAUGAAUCGGAAUUUGUGAAGUUAAACUCUUCUCAACUAUUAGUGUUCUGGAAGAAUUUAUUAACUUCCCAAUUCAUAAGUCCAACAUUAGCAAUAAAUAAUGAAACUAGUCAAAGACGAGAAAUUGUUGAAGAUCUUAAAUUACGGAACUUUAGUCUUGUUUGUUUACUUAACUAUUUAAAUACCGUUGAUUUAACUCCAGAAUCACUUAAACAAAUCCAAUUUUUAUUAACUAAAUCAUAUAAUUAUUUGACAUAUUUAGAGAGUAAUCUUGAGACCAUUGGACAAAUCACCAGUUUCAAUGCUACGCCAUUUAAUGAGAAUGUUUAUAAUCCUAAUUUAUUAAAUAACCUUCAAUUUAGUGCUAAUGCAAGUACAAGUACAAGCACCAAUAAUGGAGUAUCAUUUGAGAAUAUUAUGAUUAGUUUAAUCUUAUAUUCCAAACGGAUUUUACUCGAAAGUUUUACUAAAUUAAUCCCUUUAUUAAAGAAUGAUAUUAAUUCUAAUAUGGUACUUUUCCUCAUUAAAGUGUUUAGUGAUAGUAAAUUAUUUUCCAGAAUUAGUGGUGGAGAUGAGAAGUCUAAGUCAUCUAAAUCUAAAGGUUCUGGAGGGGUUAAUGAUUUCGAUAGAUCUUCAGUUAUUCUUAAUGAGGAUGCUAAUUAUGCGUUUGGAGUCACGAGUAAGUUCAUCGAUACAAGUGCCAAUAUCUCUGAAUUACUCAUUAAAUUCAAAUUACCCAAAGGUGAAGGAUUGCUUCAUUCUAAUUCCAAUUCUAAUUCUAAUUCCAAUUCUGAAUCAGAUAUCUUUACUAAACCUCGAGUCAAAGUUCCUCUGACUACUCGAUUAGAAUCUCCUUUACAACUGUCAGACUUAUCGCUUUGGAUAGACUACUUUGAACAAUUGGUAUACCAAUCAGUUGAUAAUUCACUUGUGUAUGAUCCUAGUAUCUAUUUAAUUCAGGAAUAUUCCAAUACUGAGAUAUAUUCUACUCCAUUAAUUACAUCGAUUAUUGAUGUAUCUAUUGAAUUAUUUCAACUUGUAUUCCCCUAUUUGAGUCAAAAGAUUCAAUUCUCAUUAGUGGAACAAUUAAGAAAUUCAUUAACGGCUACUUCCAUUGAUUCUUGUAGAUUAAAGGCCAUUAAAGUUAAUAUAGCGGUGGUAUUACAUGGACUUUUAAAUAAUUUAAUUAAGAGAAAGUAUACUAUUGAUAAGGAUUCUGGUAGUGUAAUUGUGGAUAUUCUUAAUAAAUUAUUAAUAGAUAAUAAGAAUAUGAAUUUAUUUCAAAUUAAUUCUGAUUCGAUUGGAAUGAUUAGUAAAUUAUUACCGGGUAAUGGGAUCAUGAUAGGAGAUUUAAUUAAUAAGUAUAUUAAUGAUAUAAUUAAUGAUACAAAUCCAUUUAAUCGAGGAUUCUUUAUAUUAACUUUAGGACAAAUAUUUAAAUGGACAGGAAAGGGAUUUAAUGAAACAUUUAAUAUUAUUAAACAAUUAAUUAAUGAUCCAAAUCCAAUAGUUUAUCAUUAUACUAUAGAAUCAAGUAUUAUAUUAUUUGAAAGUAGUGGGAAUUAUCAAAAUUAUAUUACUCCAUUAUUAACAAGUAUAUAUGAUAAUUUUUUAAAUGAUUCAUUUGGUUAUGAUAUUAAAAAUGCUGCUUUAUUAACUUUAAAAUGUAAAUAUAGAUCAGUAGGUCAAUCAACUAAAUUAUUAAAAUUAUUUGUAACUAAUUUAGGACCUAGUUUACGAGAAUUAAGUGGUGAAUUAAAGGAUAUAAUUAAGAAUUUAAUUAUGAGUUUAAGUCAAGGAAUUGGAUGUGGAUGUAGUAAAGAUUAUGAAGAAGUAUUUCAUCAUUUAUUAGGAUUAUUUCAAGAAUUAAUUAUUUAUGAUCCUCUGUUAAUUGAUGGUGAAGUACCAUUUUUUACUGAUUUAUUAACAUUAAUUAUUUCAAAAAAUUUAAAAAUUGGUUUAAGUUCAGUAUCUCCAACAUGUCUAUUUAGAGAUUGGAUAUUUCCCUUAAGUACAAGUUAUUCACUUUAUAAGGCAGCUUAUGAAUGUUUUGUAGAAUUACUUAAGAUUUAUGGAAUUAAUGUAUUGAAUAAACAAACUAUCAAUAUGUUAUGGGUAUCAAUGGAUAUUCAACCAUGUUUAGAAUUAAAACAAUUUAUUAAAUUAUGGUUAGAAUCAACUACUGAUAUGAAUUGGUUUACUAUUUUAAAUUCAUUAUUUAAGUGUUCAUCUAAAAAAUUAAUUGGACCAUUUAUUGAAUUAAAUUAUCAACAAAAAUUAUUACCAUUACUGCAAAGAACUAAAAAAUCUAAAGUAGCCGCAAAAGUUGAUUUUAAAGAUGAAGAAAUUGAGAAUAUUGUAGCAAAUUCUGAUGAUGAUAAUGAUAAAAAUGAACCUAUAACAUGGGAAUUUAAAUUCUUUAUUUAUGAUUUAUUAAAUCAUUUAUUAGAAUUGGCUGAAAAAAAUCAAGUUUUACUUGAUCAAUUAAAGGAAAAAAUUCCCGAUAUAGUGAAAAUUUCCUUUUUAGGCUCUACUUGUCCUAUUGGAGGUAUUAAAUUAAGAGGAAUUAAUUUAUUAGAUAAAGCACUUGGAUUAUUUGGUCAUUUACCUGAUCCUUUAUAUCCUUCAAUUUCUAUUUUAGAACAACAACAAGCACAAAUUAUUAGUGCAUUAAUUCCAUGUUUCUCACCAGGAAAUGAUUCUACCGUCAUAGUUAAUGCUAUAAAUGUGGCCUCUAAAUUUAUUAGUUUACCACGAAUUAAAUUCUAUUCGAAACAUCGAAUCUUAAAGACUCUCAUUUAUCUUCUUGAAGAGAUCUCAUCUAAUAAAUUCUUGAGAUUUUCUUUCUUAGAAGAUAUGAGUGAAUUCGGACGUAAAUCUAUUCAAUUAUCCAUUUUGAAUUGUUGGGCUAUUGUUAAGAUUGAAUCACUUGAGAACCAAAAUCAGAUCCAAAAUCAGAUCCAAAAUCUGAUCCAAAAUCUGAAUCUGAAUCAAAAUCUGAAUCUGAACCAAAAUGAAGAAGAUCAAGAAGGUAUUGAACCGGAAUUACAAGAAACUCUCGAUAAAUAUAGUACAUUAUUAAUAUCACUUUGGGUAUUAGUACUUCGAGAAUUCUCUACUUUAAAGUAUAAUAAUGAUACAGCCAAUCAUGAGAUUGAAAUCUAUCAAAAUUAUUGGAUAAAUUUCAUUGGAGUAUUAAGUAUUGAAUUAGAAAAAAAUGGGAGUGAAAAGUAUCUAGAAAAUGAUACUACAAGUUUCUUAUUUGUAUUAUUUAGUUUAUGUGUUGAAUCACUAAUUAAAAAUAAGAAUGUUGGUAGUAUUCUUGUAUCAUUAAAUCGACUUGUUCAUAAUAAACAAUUAGUGGAAGUUAUAUUUAAUGAUAAUAUUUUUGAAGAAGUAGUUGAUUUAUUUGAUCGAUUAAUUUUAAUUGAUGAUGAUAUUGAAAUUCAAUGUCAAUUAAUUGAAAUUGUAUUAAAUAUAUUUAAUACAUUUUGUGAUAGUACUAAGAAUCAUACCAAAGAUUUAGAUAAAUUAUUUGAAUUAGUAAGAGUUUCAAUGUUACCUAUCUUUGGAAUUUUACCAUUCUUAAGAAAUGAUUAUGAUCCUCAAAAUGAUUCACAAUUAUAUUUAAUUAAACAUGCUGAUAGUGCCCAUAAUUUAUUGGUAUUACGUAAAGCAUUUGCUAGUGUAAUUGAAAUGAUUGAAAGAUUUGAUGAUAUAAUUCGUCUUGAUCUUUAUUCAUGUCUUUUAUAUAUCUUUGCAAAGAUUUAUCAACAUAAGAAUAAAUUAAUUAUUUCAGUAAUUUUACCUUAUUUAAAAGUUAUAAUUACUGAAACUCGUAAAUCCAAUUCUCAAAUAGUUGAUGAAUUUACGGCUUUAAUUCAUGGUUAUUAUACUAUUAAUGCUGAAAAUAAUUAUUCAGUUAUAACCACCAUGAUCUUAAUUACUUGUGGAGAUUAUAAAUUAAAUGAAUCUGAAAGUAUUAGUAUGGCUAAUGCAUUAAUUGAAUUAUUAAAAUCUUCGGAUACAAAGGCUACCGGGAUUCAAUGUAUAAGAUCACUUAUACAAUAUUCUACGAGUCGGACUCCACAAUUAGCCGUUAAAUAUUUAGUCAGUGAAUUAAUUAAAUUAUUGGCUAAUGGACAAGAACCAGAACCAGAAUCAGAAUUAGAAUUAGAACCAGCAGUAAUCUUUGAAGUCUUAUUGAUGUAUACUAAGAAUAUUAAUGAAGAUACUAAGCUUAAUGCAUUGUAUUUGAUAUUAAUACCAUUAUUGGUUAGAUUCAAUGAUAAUCACCUUAUAACCAAGGCAUAUCUUCAUGAGAGAUUACUCUUUUUAGUAUCGAAGAGUCCUACUAGUUUUAAGCUAGUAGUUAGUCAAGCGUUAAGUGAUAGUCAAAGGCAAUUGGCAGAACAAUUGAUUAAGCUUGAUCUUGCUGGUAGUAGUGAGGAGGUGGUAGAAUCACCAGAGUCACAGAUUCAAUUAAAGACCUUUGGUAGUUAGUGCUGUUAGUGCUGAUAGUGUAUAGUUGGACUCAUAAAGUUUAUAGUAGAACAAUAGCAAUAUACAAUUUUAGUAUAG